CUCCUGUCAACUAAAAAAAGACUCAGGAAGUAAAACGAUCUUAUAUUUUCUCACGAUCGAACAUGGAGCGCUUCUGGAUCUUCCUUUUCUUUCUCAGCAGUAUUGCAAGUGGGAGCUCACAGAGGGAGUUAUCUCUUCAACAUGGAGGAACGAUCACCAUCCCGUGUGAUUAUGAAAGGCAGUAUAUACAGCAUAAGAAAUACUGGUGCUAUGAUGCUGCUUCAGCAUUCAACUUCUGUACGGUUCAGGCGUACGCUAACAAUACAGCAGAUAGAGUAACAGUGACUGAAUACCCAGAUCAGAAUCUCUUUACUGUUACUAUGAGAAAUCUGCAGACUGGAGACACUGGAUGGUACUGGUGUGCUGUGGAGAUUGAUGGUGGCCCAGAUGUUCACGAACAAAUUUAUAUCACAGUGAAAUCAGGUGCAGUUCCUGAUGUAUCUGUGGUGGAGAGCAGUGUGGGGGGUCAGGAAGGGGGCGUGGUCAGGAUCCAGUGUCUCUACAGUGCUGGAUAUCAGUCUGAACAGAAGCAGUGGUGCAGAUCUAAAGACCAGUGGUGUUACAAAGUGGGGAGGACUCACACAUCCCAGAAUUCAGCAGUGCAGAUCAGUGAUGAUAAGAAAAGUAGAUCCUUCAGUGUGGAGAUGAGUGGACUGAAGAAGAGUGAUGCUGGCUGGUACGGGUGUAGAGUUGGAAGACUAGAGGUUCCUGUUUAUCUCAGCGUCAGUGAUGCAGCUCCAGAAGUCACCAAGUAUUCUGGCACUGAGAAACUCAUAGAGUUCUGCGUCGCAUAGAAUAAUCCCACAGCAGGAAGCCCUGCUGCAGCUUCACUUUCAUUAGGAUGGGUUUAUUUUGUAGUGUCUGUUGCUGCAAUUCUUUUGUACUAGUUUGUUUGCAGUUUAUAGUACAGAGUAUUGUAGAGUAUUGCUGAACCUAAACCUGCAGACCAACUGCAGCAUCAACCCCACAUCAUUUACUUACUUACAUCCAGGUGGUGAUGUUUUUUUGGUCAGGGAGUGUAGAU